AUAUUGAAAUGUGUAGUUCGUAUGUGUAAUAAGUUCUGUUAAAACAUGGAGAUGCAGUUUCAUACAUUUCACAUUAUUAUCUUUGUCCCUAACCUAAUCUUAACCUAACUUGUAUCUCCUUUUUACUUGCUCGUUGCGAAUAGUUGCUGCUAAUACAAAGACAAUAUAAAGUUUAUGUAAAUCACGUGUUAAAAUAUUUUUGAGAAUUCAGUUAAUUGCGAGUUGGAAGUGAUGGCUGAACAGAGCGACUCCGUGGUAGUCAUCAAGGCGAAGCCUGUUCGCAAAGUUUUCAAAGCUCCCACGAGAGUCAGCAAAAUUCCCGAGGAACUUUUAAACGAUCCUUUACUGAAUUCUGCCAUAGCCGCUUUACCUACGAAUUAUAAUUUUGAGAUACACAAGACGAUAUGGAGAAUCAGAGAAGCCAAGGCAAAGCGAGUAGUUCUCCAAAUGCCAGAAGGUCUUCUGAUGUAUGCUACAACCAUAGCUGACAUCAUUGAAGACUUUACUGAAGCAGAAACUGUUAUUAUGGCCGAUGUCACUUACGGAGCAUGCUGUGUAGAUGAUUAUACGACACGAGCAUUGGAUGCAGACUUUCUGGUCCACUAUGGACACUCGUGUCUUAUACCAGUAGAUCAGACUGCUGGUAUCAAAGUACUUUAUGUAUUUGUUAAUAUCAAAAUUGACAUUUCGCAUUGCGUGGAUUGCUUGAAAGUAACUCUACCAAUUACCACAAAGAUAGCAUUAGUUAGUACAAUACAGUUUGCUACAACAGUACAAGCGGUAGCAGCAGAAUUGAGAAGAGAAGGAUAUGAAAUCUCAGUGCCACAAAGCAAGCCACUUAGUCCUGGAGAAAUUUUAGGAUGUACAGCACCACAGGUUCGCUGUGCUGAUGCAGUGAUGUACAUAGGGGAUGGUCGCUUCCAUUUAGAGGCUGUUAUGAUUGCUAAUCCUAAGCUAAGAUCAUUCAAGUAUGAUCCAUAUGCGAAGAAAUUAACCGAAGAGUUUUAUGAUCACGAAAGAAUGUUGAAGACUAGGCACGAGGCGAUACAACGUGCUAUCAAAACCGACAAAUAUGCAUUAGUGCUUAGCACUCUAGGCAGACAGGGCAGUCCUCGUGUAUUGAAAACUCUGCAAAAUAGAAUUGAGGCUUUAGGAAAGGAGAACGUCGUGAUAUUACUGUCGGAAAUAUUCCCGGAUAAAAUCAAGCUAUUCAAAGACGUUGACGCUUUCAUACAAAUUGCGUGUCCACGAUUGAGCAUUGACUGGGGUGUCGCGUUUGAGAAACCAUUUCUCACACCCUACGAAGGCGCUGUCGCUCUUAGAAUGGCAGAGUUCGACAAGGAUAGACCUUAUCCCAUGGAUUUCUACGCUACGAUCAGCCUUGGACCGUGGACUGCUAAUCACAAAGAAUCUGAAUUGGAAAAAACUGAUGCUUGUUGUGGUAAAUGUAAAGUGGACAAAUAAAGAAGUUGUAAAUAUGCAA